GUUACCAUUCUCAAAACUACCCUUGAUAUGACAGACAUAACAGAAGGUGAAUACUUUGAAAAAGUUUUCACCAAAGUGAUGGACAAAAGCAAAUUUUGGUUUCAAAUAUUAAGUCUUUUUGGAAGAAAAAGCGAAGAAAUUAAAAAACAUCCAAAAGUGAGGUUAGCAGAGGAUUCAUUACUAAAAACAAUUGCAGUAAUAAAAGCUAACACAAUUUCAUGUCAGUAUUUAAUUUAUCUCAAAACAAAAGAAAUUGAAGUAAAAAGGGUGUUAUCAACAGUUGUAGAUGUAAAGAGUAUAGAAAUGGCAUGGGAUAAUUGUAAACAAAAACUUACGAAUUACCAAAAGAACUUGAAAUUAGUCGGGGACAUUUUCAAACAAAUGCAAGGACAUAACAUCUGGGAACUCCGACCUUUAAUUAAGGAAGUGUUGGAGUAUGUUUCAAAGAAAACACACGAACUUGCCCAUGGAUCGCUCACUGUGGAUGAGUUUUAUAUGUCAACUUCUGAUUUCUCUAUAAUUGAGGAAGUAGCAAUAUGCUGUAAAAAUAUUCAGCAAGCAAUUCAGUCAAAAAUAUUUUGGAAUAUCGUCAGCAAUUUCUUUCUGAAUGCCAGUGAGAAACAAGUCCCAGUUGCUGCAGAAAAACAAGUACCAGUUGAAGACGAGAAACAAGUCCCAAUUGCAGACGCUGGCGCUUACGAUGAGAUAUCUCUUCCAGUACUAUUUGGUCAUGUAAAAGCUGAUUUUAAUUUUGAACAAAUUGACAAACUAAAAAACGUAAUGCAAGUAGUUUCAAUGUUAGGGGAAGAAUGUUUAGAACGAUACCAAGAAAUAUGGCUCGACUGCAGAGAUGGCAGAGAUCAGAAAAUUAUUGAACUCCAUAAAAUAAUUGAUGGAAUUGAAAACAUGGAGACUGAAAUCGAUAUAGGAGAGAAAAUAACCAAUGUACACCUCCAGCAAACAUCUAGGUGUAGCCUUGUUUGUUUUUCAAAUAUCCGACAGUACACAGAAACGGUACAAACAAUCAAAGCUGCUACCUUAGCUUUUAAUUUUUGUAACCAAGAAGGUUCAAAGUACUUUGACACAAUAAAGAAAUUCGAAAACAUUUUAAAUGGUGAUUUAGAGGAUGUUACUCUAAAUGAGAUAUCACCAUUACUUGAUGAGAUACAGUCUAUUCAUGCAGUUAUAAAAGUUGAAACUAGGGAUAUUCUUCAAACCCUUGAAAACUCAACAUCAUUACUUGACUUCCUGAGAGAAUUAAUUGACGAAGACAUUCGUAAUCUGAUCGAUGCUGUUGAGGAACAUUCGGAACAGUAUGUUCGAGAAUCAACUGUUUCUGAUUUAAUUGAGGUAAAACGAUUUUUUCAACCAAUUCUCAAAGGAGAUUUUCAGAUUGACAUCUCAGGGUUGUUUGAAAAACUGCAAAGCCAAACAACAGAUACAGGUAUUCAAAAUGUUGCUGAAAAGAUUGUUGUUUGUAGAGACAAUCUCCAUUCUUUAAUUGCAUUGUACAGAAAUGUUGCAAACAGAGGUGAACGUACAGUUGAAGUUAUCGAUAACAUUGUCAAGAACGGAAUUAUUUUCUUCUCAUUGCAUCAGAAGAACUGCAUAGUUUCUGUGAAAUAUAAACAGAAUGAAAAAAAACAUAAGCACAGCAACGCGGAUUUGAGCGACCUGCGUAGUCGAGCACUCCUGUUGAUGAACGCAGAAGAAAAAGAUAGAACCAAGAAAAGUACAAGAAAAGAACAACUUCAAAUAUUUGUUAACCUUGUUGAUCAAUCAUUUGAAAUAGCCCAUCUUUGUAUGCGACUUAAGGAAUCAGGUCAUUUUGAAUUUUCUAGCUACGACAAAACCUGCAAAAAGGAUGAUAUGUUAUCAUUAAUAAAUAGGCUUCAGAAUCAGUUUGACAGUUGGAUGUCUGAAAUAAAUGACUGUCGAAAUAGAUAUUACUAUAUGAAUUUCCUAUACUCAAACCAGUUGUACGAAUUAUAUCGCUAUCUACAUGGUGAUGCAAAAAACGAAGAUAUCGUUGCAGCAAUUUUGAAAUUUAUAAACCCAGUAACUAAAAGUUUGGAAGAUAUGGCAGAAAUUUAUCGUACUUUACCUUCUCUAGAUAGUCAGAAAGAUAUACUUGAAAAUAUCGGGAAAACAUUAGACUUUUUAUUUUCUGAUUUAACUUCGCCAAGCAAAAUUUCAGUUACCACGUCUGGGUAUAUCAAAAUGGUUGAUAAAGUGCAGCCUGGAAAACCAUAUAUGACGUCACUGGAGGAGGAUAGUCCUCUGGUUAUCAGAACGCUUUUAGCACUUUAUAUAAAUACCACAAAUACGUUUCCCGAGGCACAUCAAAUAUUAUUCUGUCGUAAGGAUACCACAUUUGAUGAGAUAAAGUUGUUAUUACAACGUUGUAUUCUGAAAGAGGAUGAAGGACCAAAGGCUUUAUUUGCUAUAGCAAAUAUAGAAAAACUCCAAGGAGAUAUUCAAUUUUUGCUCCAUGACGAAAUUAGAAAAUUACCACCUGGAAAAUAUUUGCUAUGCUUUUUGUGUAGAGGACAUUCAAACCAUCCAUUUUUAGAUCAGUUUUCAGACUUGCUUCAGAAACCACCUCCAAUGUCAGAGUUGAAACUUAAGGAAUACUUUAAACAAUAUUGGUCACACAUAUCUGUCGUUACCUCUGAAGUUCCAGGAUUAGGAAAAAGUGAAUAUAUUCAAAGUUCAGCUAUCAAAGAAAAAACCAGAUCUACUUGCAUACAUAUCAGCGGCCCAAUGAAUAGGUUACUUAUCAUUGAGGAAUUAAUGAAACUAUGUAUAAAACCAUACAAUGUCUUGCAUGUUGAUAUAGGAACCAUCCAUGACCCAUAUGAACUGGAUCUGUUUUUAUUUGAGCUUAUUGUACUGAGACAUGUUUCAGUAGGAUCUACCGCUUACGCACUAGAAUGUGAAAAAAUGUUCAUUGAAAUCGCCAACACAGUCAAAGACACGUUAAGAAAUUCUCUACCAGUUGUAACUUGUUUUCAGCGGAAACACAUCGAAUGGGAUAAUUAUAAUGACCUGAAAAUAAGUUCAGAGAUAAACAGUCCUGUUCAAGUUGUCUGUCAUUAUUUGAAAGCAAUGGACACUGCAACUUUAGAUGUAAAAGAUCUAUACUUCACAGGUCAAAACAAGUUAGCACCGCUUCCGUAUACUGAAUGCAGGAGUCUUUUGCGGUUACAUUUCUCAGCAUCAGGAGACAUGUCGUACACAUUAGUUAAUAUUUUUAUCCGUGUACUGGCAGAUCAACUUAAAAAACUUUCGGCAAGUGUGUUUUUCAGAACUUCAACUUUAAAUGCCAUGCUUGGAGAUGAACAAUCCUCUGUGAAAUCGGAUCUUUUCACGGCAUUGAUGAAUACUUCUCGAGAAUUUUCUGCAAGAUCUGUACACACAUGCCGAUCCACCCAAGCAGCAACUAUUGUUGAUGUCGGUUCAAAAGAUAUCUCGGAAGUUUUGGCUGAACGUGUAGCUGGAAUGAUUAGAUGGGAAGACAGUAAUCAUUUAGUCAUUUUGUUUCACCAAAAUGUCCAAACGGUGUCAGCUUUAUAUAGAAAUUUGAAAGACGUACCAAAGCCAAUUGAUUAUUUAUUCAAGAGACAAGGCAGCAAUUUGGAUGAUUUUAAUGAAAAGUCUACUUUAGAGUUAGAAGAAAUUCUUCUGUUGCUCUCGAGACGAUUUACGACGACAAUUUCAAAGAAUCAACUGUGUGUACUGCGACAAGAAUAUGCUUUAACACCAGAUAAUUUACUAAAAAUGAUUUUAAUAUCUCUGAGAGUCAACACUAGACUUCCAAUUUUAAUUAUGGGCGAAACAGGUUGUGGUAAAACAUCACUUAUUCGCUAUCUAGCAAAUAUAUGUGGAGUAGCGUUUGAGGUAUUUUCAAUUCAUGCUGGUACAGACGAGCAUCAAAUUAAAGAAAGAAUAAAGGAAGCAAGCCAAAAUGCUAGAAAACUCACUAAGAAUCAAUAUUGGUUGUUCUUAGAUGAAAUAAAUACAUGUGACCACCUAGGACUUAUUACAAGUGCAAUUUGUCAUCGUUUUUGCCAGGGCAUACAAAUGCCACCAAAUUUAAUUCUUCUGGCAGCAUGCAACCCAUACAGACUGAGAAAGACGGAUGCGAUCAUGACAGCAGGUUUGCAAGGACUUAAGAUUAAAACAGACGAACUUUCUCGUCUUGUUUACAGAGUACAUCCUUUACCAGAAACUCUCAUAGAUUAUGUCUGGGACUAUGGAAGUCUUAGUGAGUUAGAUGAAAAGUCAUACAUAUUUAAAAUGAUAAGCUCUUUAUUUCACAAGGACUGGUUUACAGAAUUAUUUGCAUGCCUCCUGGAUAUGUCACAAAAGUUUGUGAGAUCAGCAGAAAUUAAUGAAUAUUGUGUAAGUUUGCGAGAUGUUGACCGUUGCCGGCGCCUUGUAAAAUGGUUUGAUGAAUUUCUGGAAAAGAAAGAUUCAUGUCAAUAUUCACGCAACAAUGAAGGCAUACGAAUAAGAAACAUAAAGGCAAUCAUUUUGGGCUUAGCAGUUUGUUAUCACAGUCGUUUUCCGAUAGGUUCAGUUCGAUGCACGUAUAGAAAGGGCAUAAGCGAUAUCUUGUCGUCACGUGGAUUUAAAUUUUCUGAAGCAGAUAUUUUAAAUAUCGUUUUAAAGGAACAAGAAGAUAUUUUGCAUAGAAUGACAGACCUUCCAGAAGGAACUGCUUUAAACACUGCUUUACAAGAAAAUGUUUUCAUGUUAUUAGUUUGUAUACUGAGCAAAAUACCAAUUUUUCUUGUUGGAAAGCCCGGAUGCAGCAAAUCAUUGUCUAUGCAGCUAAUCCGGAGCAAUUUACGCGGCAAAGACUCAACAGAUGUGUUGUUUAAAGGUAUGCCACAGUUAUUUUGCGUUUCAUUUCAAGGCUCAGAAUCAUCAACAUCUGAUGGAAUUAUCAAAGUGUUUGAGAAAGCUGAAAAAUACCAGCUGCAUAAUGACGAAAAAGAUGUCUUAUCUGUCGUUAUCCUAGAUGAAAUAGGGCUUGCAGAAAUAUCUCGAUUUAAUCCAUUAAAAGUUCUGCAUGGAUUGAUAGAACCUGCAAAUGGUAAAGAUUUAAACAUCGCAGUGGUUGGAAUAUCAAACUGGGCAUUGGACGCCGCUAAAAUGAACAGAGCAAUUCAUCUUUCACGACCGGACAUGGAUCUUCAAGAGUUAAAGUAUACCGGAAAAUCUAUCAGUUCAAGCAUUAUGAAAAAAAAGAAACAGAUGAAAGUCGGUAAUAUCAAUUUACAAAGUAAUGAUAAAAAGCAUUCACUAUGGGAGGAAAAACUAAACAAACUAUUGGAAGGACUUGCUGAAGGAUAUUAUGAAUAUUGUUCCAAAGAGAAACGAUACCAACAUUUUCACGGUCUUAGAGACUUUUAUUCCCUUAUAAAAUAUGUGGGGCGCAAAAUAGAUGACAUCGGUCGCUGCGAUGAUGACGAUUUGUCCGAAAUAAUUUUAACAGGAAUAUUGAGAAACUUUGGGGGUCUUCCAACUGAGCAGCAAUAUAUAAUUAAUACAUUUCAAAAAUACAUUCCUGAAAUUAAACCACAACAUAUACCAGUCAUGAAAUUAAUAACUGAAAAUAUGAACGACAAGGCAUGUCGACACCUUAUGUUGAUAACGAAUGGAGAUACUGUUAUAAGCGUUUUGGAAAGGGAAUUAACCAGUAUGAACUUGCCAUUCGAAAUCAUUUUUGGAAGUAGCUUUGAAGAAGAUUUGAGCGAUGAUUAUAAUUACAGGAUUUUGAGCAGAAUCAUUCUAUGUAUGGAACAAGGGAUGGUGCUCAUUUUAAAAGAUCUUGAAUCAAUAUAUGGUAGUCUUUAUGACAUGCUAAAUCAAAAUUACACCAUAGUGGGCAAAAAGAAGAAUUGUCGAGUAGCAUUAGGACAUUACAGUAACCCUAUGUGUCAUGUUCACGACAGCUUUAAAUGUAUAGUUCUAGUUGAGGAGACCAAAUUAGAUUAUUCUGACCCACCUUUCCUUAACCGAUUUGAGAAACAACAAUUCAAGUUUUCGGACUUACUCGAAAAUGAUACUUUUCAGAAGGUUGUAGAUGAACUUUCGAAUAAUGUGUCAGAUCUGUGUCAAAUACCAUAUCAUGAGUUCUCUCCCAGUGAUAUCAUUCCUUUGUUUAGCAGAGAUUUUUUGGUAUCACUAGUUGUUCAUUGCAAACAAAUAACAUCGUCGGAUAUCGCUACGGAUGAAAAUUUGAGAACAAAUGCGUUUAAAUCCUUAUUAUGGCUUAUUCCUCCCGAAGUUAUUAUUCGAGGAAAGGAUAGUGUUUUUGCGGAAAAACAUCCAUUUCUGUUUUCAGAUUCGACUAACCAAUUCUUGUCACUUCCUUUACAUGAUGGAAUCAAACACUAUUUCGAGAACACGAAUUUUCCUAGUCAAAACAGCAGCUUGUUUUGCAUUUUCACUUACUCGAGUAUUCAUUCCAACAUUCCGAACAAGUUUGAAUCAAAAAGGAUACAAAGAGACAAAUUAGCAGUUUUCAAAUCUGAAAAGCAAUUUUCAUCGAGAGUUGAAGACUUUUUUCAUUCAAGUGACGAUCUAUUGAUACUUCAAUGUCUGUAUUCAAGUGAUUGGCAACAUAUACUUUUGGCUAAAGUAAUCAUCGAGAAAUAUCUACGAGAGUUAAAACGACAAAAGGAUGCACCUGAAACUAUAGAGAAGAAAGUAUGCAUGGUUGUCCAUUUAGAAAGAUUUGUGAGCUGUGAUGUACCUUUAAAUUUCUUAUCUGGCUGGAACCUGCUCUUUUUAGACACUAUUGCAAAGCCAGAGUCUAAUUUGCCGCAUUUCUACAACAAUACAAAACUCCAAAUCGUCAAAACAAAAGAUCUGAAGAAUUUCAUUAAUGAAUCAUUAUUUUGGGCAUUAUCAAGAAUACAAUUUACAUCAAAACAAAAUUCGCUAUUAAAUCUGGAAGAAGUUCUAAGUUCGAUGCAUUCGUGUGGUUUUGCAAUAGAAGUUAUAAAAGAACUGAUCAUUACAUACAUUCAGUCAACUUAUCUGAAGACCGGCAAUUGGUGCAUUUGUGUAGCAAACGAUUCACAAGCAUUGCUUCAUUCUGCCACAUAUAUAAAUGCACUAGAAAAAAACAUUCAAGACAUCAUUAAAUCGCCACUCGCGAUGUACUUAUAUCAACUGAUGCAAUUAAAUCUGCUAAGUCCAGUUUUUGUUGAUGAUCAAUUCACAACUGAACGACAGCAAGUUUGGAGAAACUUUGUCCACUUUGAUGAAAAUCUUAACGUUGAGCAUAUACCAGAACCAACCGGGCCAGAGUGUUAUUCAUGUGAUACUAACUUUUUAAUCAUGAAAAUGCCAGGAAGUCGAAUGAUUAUGAAUCUCAUUGAAUUCAGGAGAGCUGAGUUUAUGGAUAUAGUAAGACAGCUUCGUGUAAAAACAGAAAUAAACACAGAUGAAGAAAUGCCUAUUGAUUUGUUUGAAAAUGCAUAUUCCGGUUGUGCUGACAUUAUCUGUCUAGAUGCAAUUAAAAUCAUUGCAGCUGUUAAUUAUGAAGGAUGCAAAAAUGAUUUUAUUCAUGACUUUUGUAACAUUCAGUCAUUUCAUUUAAUGGAAUCAAUGGCUGAAGACCGAAGAAUUUCCGUUUUUAAAUGGGCGUUGACAAACUAUCUUGAAAUUGAAGAUAUGCCCGAUGUCGAUUUUAAAACGUUAGCUGGAUCGUUGCACGCUUCCCUUUGGGUAUAUGGAUCAGCAAUAACAGCAAUCUGUCAAAUGGCUGAAUUAGCAAACAAUGCAAACGAUAUAACUUGGAAUUUUAUCGACGAUGGGAAAGAGUUUUUUAAUGUUUUCAUGAGGCAAGAACCAAAUGUUAAAUCCGAAAGUAUUGAAAGUGUCGAUGAAUGCGAAAUGGAAACAAAACACGUUGAUAUUUUAGAUGAAAAUCAACUUUGUUUAGGAGCAGAAGAAACAAUCCAUAACCUAAACAAUAUAAGUCAUGAAGAAAUUAGGGAUACUGUGACUGAACAUACGUUAUCAGAGGAGAAAAAUACAGAUCUUACGGAUUCAACAAGCAAUCCGUUACACAUUCCUUACACAGAUGCUAGUGUUAUGUUCGAUGAGAAAACAACGGACAUUUCUCAACUAGAGCAACAAAACAAUUCAUCAAAAUUUGAUAAAAGGAAGUUUGUUAAAUAUGUCUGUGCAUCAUUAAUUCCUCAGCAAAAUCUGUUGGAUAGAAUGUCACUUCAUGCUUGGUUAUUCUUGGUAAAACAAAUGCUACCACUAGCGUUCAUUGUUUCUUGUGAAACAGAAGAACUCGUUGCUGUUAAACUAUGUCAAGAAAUUUCUGAAACACUUUUGUCGAUAGAUGUGACUCCCACUGAUUAUAUCCUUAAAAUCGGAAAUAUAAUAUCAAAUUGCGAUGGAAAAAUUGACACCGAAGAAUUGUGUUGUUUCCUCUUUGAUGUUUUAUCCGACAUCAAAUGCAAAAACAAGGCUAACCCAUUUGUCUUGCAAAAGUUAUUCUGUUCGUACAUAGUCAGAUGUCUGGUUUCGAACUCUGAAAACGACGGACCAUUAAAUUUUGUCCUCGCAAAAGUCUCUAAAGGGGAUAUUUUUGAUAAACAGCUCAGUCAUUUUGGACAAAUCUUGAAAUUUGCAGUGAUGAUAGACGUUGAGGAGGAUGAGAAAAAUCCCUAUAUGGAUCUUCUUUCUGACAGCUUUGAAGAAGAAGAGGAUGUUUCUUUUGCAACGUGUUUUGAUGAAUAUCUCACUGCUUUAGACUUUUCAGAUGAAAAGAACAUGGCCUUUCCUAUAUUGCUUUCGGACGUGUUGGAGGAAUAUGCAGUAAAUCUUGAUGCUGAAAUGAUACGUAGCGUGAAUUCAAGUUCUUGUGAACUUCUUGGUUAUUUAUCAUAUGCUUUUCAAAAAGCCAGCGAAGGCAUCCUUUCUAUUCAAAGCGUCAUGGCCGUUGCAUUUUUAAGAAAAUUUUUGAAAACAUAUGCAGACAUAUUAAAGUCAAACAACUAUGAUACUUCAACAGUAGAAUUAUUGUCUGCUCAUGUAAAUUCUCUCCUGUGUAUAACAGAAGGAAAUACGUUCACCUACUUGCUGACCAGUGAGCUACUUCAUUUCAUUUUGAAAACAUUUGAAAAAAUAUCAGGUCAGGAAAACAUAGAGUAUAUUUGUUGCAGAAUAGGGCAAUCAAUACCAGCUUUACAUGCCGUUUCGUGGAAUACAGAUCGAGUAGGGAUGUAUCAAGUUUUCAAUCCGUUUUGCCAGUACGUCGAUCAAGAUCAGUAUUACAACUGCCUUACACAAGUGGCAACAAUUAAACAAAAUACUAAUAAACUUCUUGACAUUAUAUCUAAACCAUCUGAUAACACAUUUAUUUUGUUGUGUGUUAUUGCACAAAAGUUUUACAUGCAUAAAUGUUUAAAAGAGAGCACAGACAGUGAACAUGAACUAGCUUCUCGUCUUGGAUUAAUUUUUGAGAAAUCUAACUUUUCAUCUGAUAUGAAGUUGAUCUUUUCUCAUCUUUUAGGGGGAACACAAUUUAAACUUAACAUAUUUGAAUUAUCAGUCGCAGUUAUGCCUCCUAUUCCCCACAUGGUUUCAAUAAUGUUACAUAUGACUGGAGCAAUUGUGUCUGGUGGAUGCAAAGAAAACAUAUGGUAUAAACUACUCAAAGCCCCUAAAGAAUUCACAAAACUGUUCAUACCGUUGUUGGAUAUUUGUUCAUUACAUAAAAUGGAAGAUUGGUCCAAAAUUUUGACGAAAAUACAGCCAGUAAGCAUUAAUGUUCUACAGAUCCUUAUGUAUAGUUCAAUAAUAAGUUGUCUUGGCUUUGGAUUGGCAGAAGAAGAAAAUUUUAAGGAUUUCUUUAAAAUGUCAGGGGAAGUUGUUUUAAAAGCGGUUGGCGUAACACAGUUUCAAAAAAUGUCUGAAAUAAAAGUUUCUGAAAUUGUUGUCGAACAAUUAGUACAUUAUUGGCAAAAUCUGAAGAAUAUUUUGCAAUUAAGCUUUGGUGAUAUCUGCUUAUUACUUCACAGAAUUUUAUUUUUGUCAAAAGAUUUGUUAAUGGGAAAGAACAAAAUAUGUUUAUCUGAAAAUUGCAUCGAAGAUCUUCUGACAAGUCAUACACUUAUAAUUGAAAAGGUUCUUCGAAAUCGAAUAAUGCAUCUUCAAAACAUGAGACGUGCUGACUUUUCUUUUGAAACAGAUAAAAGCAAAUCGAUUGAAGACUGUGUUCUUGAAAUUGUUCCAUGUCAUUAUGAUGUUGACUUUUCAAAUGCCGUUUUGCUUUUUCGAUCACCUGCAUCACCUACCUUAGAUCUGCUUAUAACAGAUAUUGAAUUAAGAGAAAAUAAGUCAAUGUGUGGCUUGCUUGGUCUUGUACUGAAAAAUAUAAACAAACUAGCAUUGCCACAAAAUAUUAUGCCUCUAAUACGAUGGCAUUUAUGUGUGAUAACAUACGGUAGCUACAGAUAUAGGAAACUAGAAUUUAAGGAUAUGACUUGCGACAAAUUCAUUAGCGGAGAAACAGAUGAUACACGUCGUGACAUUUUACGAAAAGCAUUUGAUGAUUUCAUGGAAACUUGGAACAACAUAAAAUCGGUUGAAAAUAUAAAUAUGUUUGGUUCAAAUCAUACUAUAGAGAACAUAGAAUUAAUGUGUCCUACAGUCAAGAUGGGAGCCUGUGCUAUUCUUGAUGAUCAAUCUGUUUUAAAGAAAAUACUUAUUUCCUUAUGUGAAAUUCAAAAUACCAUUUUACAUGAAGCCACCUCUUCUUUGCCAAACAGUAAGAACUCAGAAACACUAAAUCAACCUGAAAUCAAAGAUAAAGCAAUAUCGUUGUUAGAUCUGAAAAGGAAAGAUCUCAUUACGUUUGAAUGGCAGGAUAAAUGGUUGCAGUAUUGUCAGUGUGAUACUAGUUAUGGUCUAGCACAAUCAAUUAGUUUUGAUUUGGAAAGAAUUGAAAAAGAGAUUAAGGCCGAAGUACUCGUAGGAAAAUCUGUAAUUCACAUUCCAACUAUACCAACAGUUAUGUUUACAGAUGAUUUAUAUCACAAUAGCGUCCAAUUGCUGAAAGCAAUAGAGUGCGAUAUUGAACAAGAUCGUCUAUCAAAUGAAGUAAAAAAGAAUAUUGAAAAAAAGAAAGAAACCGAUACAGCACUCAUUAGUAACCUUUUGACACAUAUUGGCAUGGUGCUUUCUUUAUUGAGAAAAAUUGGAGCUAAAUCAGAUGUGACUGCCGAUUUACCUAUCGUCGAUUAUCUAGAGCAAUAUAAAACUGUAACUGGGAUGGUGUCUGGCGUUUUUAGGAACAUAUUUCCAGAGGAUGUUAGAUUGUGUCAUAUUGUGGACAUGUAUAGGUGGUUGGAGGAAAUUAACGGAGACAUUGUUGUCGAUUCGUUAGAAUUGCAAUAUCGAAAACAGGUACGUAAAGAUGAUAGGGAUAGAUUAUCGACAGCUCAGGAAGACAACAUUAAAUACCUGGAAAAAUUAGAUCACACAUUGAAAGUAUUCGUCCAUAGAUGUCUGUCAUUAAAGGGCCAGGACAUACGAUUAGACCAGCCUUUAAUUGAUUACAUCUUAGAUGAGGAUCUUUGGUGGGAGGGUGAUUUGGUCAAAGGUCAAGUAAUGGUUGGUGAAAGUUCUAAGCCUUUAGAAGACAUUGUGUCUAGCCAGAUUCUGGUGGAGAACAUAUAUGAUAGUGUACAGCUAGUGAGGAAAGCCAUAGAGGCUUCAAAGUUGAAAGAUAUAAGAAUAGCAGAUAUAGCAUCGUCAUACAAAACUAACCGACCAAAAGAGCAACAAAAACGAAGAGGUCGAAAAACCAAAGGAACUUUCAGGUCAUAAGAAAACCAUUGCUCUAAAUAAUUAUACGUGUACUUUGUACUUUUGCGAGGAUCAACUUCAAAAUUAUACAGGUAAAAAUUCAUAUGCAUUACACAUAUUUGCAUUUGACUGAAUAAAAACAAAACGAUUUGUCAAAUAUGUGAAAUUUUAGUCUGUGUUAGAAAUAUUUUUGUAGACUACAUGUACUCAAUUUUUUAUUCCUUUGUCAUAUAGAUAACAAAUUGGGUAGCAUUUUAAAAAUAUUUGUUUACCCAUAUGUACAUAUUUUGUUCUGAUCAUUUCGAUGACCAUGUUAUUAUUAACGUGUUUAUUUUAUCUUACAUUAUAGAAUGCUUUUUUUUUAAUUCACCAUAUUAUAUGAGAAUCAACUUGUGUUUUUUAAUAUCAUGAUUUCUACAUAAAAACAAGUAAUUUCUAUUUGAUAGACUAUAUUUCUGACCAAAAAAAACUUUGAUUGUGUCAUUACAGUUGCCUGAUUGUCAUUUUAAAUAACCAUCAAUGUAAAAAAGAUUUGAUAAUAGCAUAGUUACUGUUAUAAAUAUUUGUUUACUUAUAUAUGAAUUUUACAAGUGUAACUUGCUUACGGUCCAGUGUUGAUUACUGCAUGCCUAUUCAGGAAAGGAAACUAUUCACAAUAAUAAUACAAUAUGUAGGUUCUGCUAGUUGUGACAAAUAUGUAAGGCGAUUAAUUUGGAAUGCCGCUGGAAAGUUAAUGGUAUUGAAAUGUAUAAUAACGGUAUAAUAUAAAUCUAUUCGUUGAAGCAUUUCAUUUUUUUUUUCAUUUACAAUUAUUUCUAAGAAUUGGAUUUGUUCGUAUCCCAAAAAUUAUUGAAAAUGAAAGUUUGAUAGUAAUAGUUCAUAAUAAAGUGUAUAAACUCAUGAUCGGUCAAUACUUUAAGUUAAUUUACUCAAACAGCAUUUAAGUAUUUCGAAAUAAUCCCAAAUUCAACACUGAAAUUGUAUGCAAUUCUUUUACUGGUUGCAAGUUUUCAUUUUCAUAAUUAACGCAUUGAAAUGAAUAUAGAUAUUAAACAACCCUAAAAUUUGUAUAAAAGAUAAAGUUUCAUAGAUAGCAACAGUGUGAGUCUAGUUAGUGAAUUUUAACAUGGAUUCAUUCUUCCUUCUUCCAAUGUAUAAUAACUAUAAUUGUGUGUAUUGUCAUCAUUAUCAUUAGUUGAUAUCACUGUUAGUAGUCAUAGUUCUAGAAUGAUUAGCAAGAACCAAGAACCAAGGCAAAACAAAACAGCUGUUUUCCAGAAGAUUGUCGUUUUAUUUAGUAUUAGUCAAUAUUUAUGUGUUUCAAGAAAGAUGGACGUUGUGUACAUAAUGUUAUACGUGAAUCAAAUGCAAGCAGACGAACACACUUAUAGGAUGUAAAUAGAUAAUCAAAUAUAAGCAGACGGUCAACAGAUCUGUCCUGUAAAAGUCACUUUAGAAAACUAAUUAAAAAUUGUUCUAUUGUUGUUUAAAUGUCUGCUAGUUUAUUAUUUAUUAUUACAAUUAGAUAUCAACAUGUCAUAAAGGCUGGAGAAUAUUAUUAAUAUUUUUCUUGGUUAUAUUUUUUAAAAACAAUAAUUAUUUAGGCUUAAUGAAUUAGUUAGUAUACCACAAAAAUAACAUCCCUGUUUUCAUUACUAUAUUAGUUUAUUAUAUAUAACAAAUGUAUGAGGAAUAUUGUACUUUUAUUUUCAAAUUUACAAAAAUACCACCUCCGCUAAAAUGAAAUAUCUAAAUAUAUGAUAUACUUAUAUAUAAUUAAUGUUUGUUAAUUCGAAUUUUGUAUGUUUGUAAAUAUUGUCAUUUGUAUGUCAGGUAUGUCUUGGUAACAAUCCAAUACUUGGAUUUUAAACUAUAAAUAAUCUGAUUUGAUUUGAUUAUAAUUUUGAUAUAUGUCACUUCAUUACAAAAUCUUAAUAGUCUGAUGUACGUCUUUUGGAAGUGAAAUGACGCGCUUUGUGCGACGGGUCAAUCGAAGUUGUGACUUGGUCACUAAAAUUGCAAUUGUAUCUCUAUUAUAAAUGAUCAACUUGCAAUGUAUUUACAUGUAUUGUUUUACUGUUAGUCGUGGUAUUAUUUACUCAUAAUAACAAUACUUUUGUUCCGCAGACACCUACGACUAGAUUAUAAAUAAGGUUGUAUUCGUGCUCAUUUUCAAGAUUUUUCAUCUUUUAGAAUAUUUUCACUAAAACUGUCAGAGUGCAGUAUAUAAAAAUAUGCAACCAGUUGUAUUAUUGUGAAAACGUUUUUUUUUUCAACCGUUCCAUGGGUGACAACUUUCUUUUUGAGAAGAGAAUACUUGACAAUGAGACAGCAAACCAUAGACUAACAAGCUGAAUAAAAAAAGACAGCUAAAGAUGAAAUUCAUAUAUUUGGCUUUAAUUUGUUAAAAUUUAAACAUUAAGCAAAAAUCAAAAUUAAAAUGUCUGGAAGUUUUACAAGUGUUGUAUGGGGCAUAAGAGACAUUGAUAGAAAAAGAAUAUACUUGAAAAAAGCUUUUUCGUUGAAUUCGCCAAUUGCUUGUAAAGUCACUAUUUUAAUUUUUGUCGAUAUGUUUAAUCCACAAUUUUCUACAUAAGAAAAUGCCUGUACCAAGUCAGGAAUAUGACAGUUGUUAUCCAUUCAUUUGAUGUGUUUGAGCUUUUGAUUUUGCCAUUUGCUUAGGGACUUUCCGUUUAGAAUUUUCCUCGGAGUUCGGUAUUUUUGUUAUUUCACUUUUUAGUGCUUAUUAUCUUAUGUUCGCAAGAUAUGGUAAUAGCCAUAUCAGAUUUAUGUCAAAUAAUUUUAUCAUAUUUUAGUUUUUAAAUGUGACAUACAAAAUAUGUUUUAGUAAUGUAUGCACAUUGGCAUAGACUUCUUUAGAGUAUGUCGACCUUUUGCAAUAUCUUUAAUUCCCCUUUCAAUUGCAUAUCUGUUUCGAAAUUUUGCGUGUGAUUACUUUUUGUCUGGCAAGACAAACACUUUUGAAUUUGAGGAUUUUCAUAUUUCAAAUGUGCCUGUUUUCUUUUUAUACAAGAGAUUUGUGUAAAUUCUGGUCUAUCUCAUUAUAAAAGACAGCAAUUCAAGCACAGCUUUUACAUACAUAGUAUUAAAUGGGUUAUAGCAUUUGAAAUAGAUAUAGAUAGUCAUACUAUUUAAAUCUAUGGUCGCUAUUAACAGUUUCGAUUUGUUCAUUAUAUAGCAUAUUUCAAAGCAGAAGGUAUGAUAAGUCCACUUUGUUGGUAACUUGAAUUCGGGAAUAAAAAAAAAUAUUUUAAAGCUUUCAAAAACUUACUUCAGAUAUAAAAAAGAAGAUGUGGUAUGACUGCCAAUGAGACAACUCUCCACAAGAGACCAAAUGACACAGAAAUUAACAACUAUAGGUAACCGUACGGCCUUCAACAAUGAGCAAAGCCCAUUCCGCACAGUCAGCUAUAAAAGGCCCGAAAUGACAAUGUAAAACAAUUCAAACGAGAAAACUAAUGGCCUAAUUUAUGUACAAAAAAUAAACGAAUAACAAAUAUGUAACACAUAAACAAACGACAACCACUGAAUUACACGCUCCUGACUUGGGACAAGCACAUACAUACAGAAUGUGGCGGGGUUAAACAUGUUAGCGGGAUCCCAACCCUCCCCCUAACCUGGGACAGUUGUGUAACACUACAACAUAAGAACGAACUAUAAAAAUCAGUUGACAGAGGCUUAACUCAUCAGAUGGAUAAAAAUACAAAUACUACAAAUACAAGUGGACGUGGCCGGGUAUUUUUGUACAUCCAAACAACAAAAAGACACUAAGUACAGAUCUGAGAGUACUCGCAGUACCUGGCAGCUAGUUCAAAGCCACUAACAACUAAUAAAAAAAGCAUGCAUCUAAGACUAAAUUAUCAAUCUUUACACAUCCAACAUCCAAUGGAUUUAGUGUAAAGACGUCAUAAACAGUCAGAGACAAACAUGACCUUGUGCAAUGCCAAGAUACAGGUAUCGACAGAUUGUAGAUCCAUGAAUGUGUAUAUGUAUAUAACAAUAAUAUUUAGUUUGCUUCAGAUGUCAGUAUUUUUGUCUUACAUAUUGGCAUUAAGGUUUCAAUACUGCCAAAAAUACCCAAAUAGCCUCGUUUUUAGAUCUUAUCGUGAACCAAUGCUUUCCCCAAAAAGAUCAUUUGCUACAAAAUGUUACAGUAGUUUAUAACGUUGUUUACACGUGUAAAAAUCUUUUUUGUGCAAGGCCGUAGCCUAUAUAUAUGUGUCCAAAAUCUAUCUGUAAAAUUGCCAUUUUAGAUCAGAUAUGUCAUUUUGGACAUGUUUAUGACAUCAUAGUCACAAUUGGCUCUAGCAAAUCAUGUUUGAUAGGCUUAAAUGAUUUAAAUUUUUGCAUUUUCGGGGUCAGACAAUGGCUUUUAUCAUUUCACCUUCAAAGUUUUAAUCAAAACUUUUUACUGGAUGUUGUAAUUAUAUAUAUGCUUUAUUUUUAUGUACUGUCUCAAAAUAUAUUUUUUUCACUUGAGAAUAAUUUACGUAUCAAGUAUUUACUACAAUUAUGUGCUGCUGGUUUUUAAGCAUUAUAUAUCAAAUCAGAAAUCUUAAAUUAACUCGCUUGCUAAACAACCCAAAACAAUUAUACACCAUUAACACGGAAUACCGAUUUCAGUGUGUACAUAUUCAUCUAACAUAUUUACGUGUCUCACAAUUUAACUUAAUAGACAUUUUUUACCGCGUUGCAUGAAGUUAAAAUUGUACUCUUGAAGAAUUAAUGCAGAUUUGGCCAGUUGAUUUUUGUAAAAUUUUCGAUGGAGGUAUUCAUUUUUAAGGAUUUUUCUAUAUCUCCAGGUGUACCUGGUAGUUUUCCGUAGUUCUGUUGGUUUUGUAGAUGUCGGUAAAUAUCAACAUUUUUUACUUUGUAGAUUUUUAAAUUACGACUAAUAACCAGGCCUUUAUAAUUGUUGACUUAUUUUAAAAUCUUUUUUAAACUAUAUUAGAGAUCUACUCAAGUAAAUGCUUUCCUUUUAAUACAAAUGGUCUAGAUACGCUAUGGGAGAGGUUGGUUUGCACGUUAAACUGAUCUUAACUGCCCCACAUGUUUAGGCCUGUACCAAGUCAAGCUAUUUAGACCAUGUGAUUGUUGUUGGUUGGCUUGAUCUGUUGUACUGUCUAAUAUUUUUUGUAAUUUCUGUUAUCCUUUUUGUAUAUUAUUCAUAUCUUUGCUUAUAAUUACUGUUCAAAACGCAUAUGUAACUCAUGUACAAUUGUUUUCCAUUAAUUAUUUUUUAUCUCAAUUUAAUCUAUUCUGAUUAUAACUGUACUGCAAAUCGUUGUGUGAAUUGAAUAUUGUUGUGUGUAUAUUUUCCGGUCAAAGUUAGCUAGCGUUGAAAUGGUCUAUCUCUAAUUCUGCUUAAAUGAAUUUUUGUUCUUAUAUCUCAAGAAUAAACAUAAUAAAAAGAUAACGGAGGUAAAAUAUGCAUAGGUCUAUAGCGUUCUACCUAUAUUUCAGUAUUUAUUUUGCAAAUUAAGUACUUUGAAAUAUCUUGGGAAAAUUGGACGUCACAACAUUAUUCGAUAUCCAAGCAAAAUGUUUGGCUCAAUCAUGAACCACAUAAAUCUUGUCACACUUUUUUGUAGAAAUCUGUUGAUUUAUAAUCAUAUUCUUUUGUAAUAAAAAAAACAUUACUUUAA